AUGUCUACUCCUGUAUCUACCCCCCCUUCCUCUAGGUCUCCCUCAUUGUCGUCUUCACUGUCGUCUUCGCCCCCAAAAACCCCACCAAAUCUCCACCAAAACAGCGCAGAUCCCGACGCCAAAUGGCUAGUUCAAAAGUUUGGUGGGACUAGCGUCGGAAAGUUUGCUGUCAAGAUCGCAGAAGAUGUUGUCUCCAAUUAUAUCGAUGACAACAAAGUCGCCAUUGUCUGCUCAGCACGCUCAGGAUCUACAAAAGCACUUGGGACUACGAAUUUGCUCCUCCGUGCAGCGUCCGAAGCAUUGCGUCGGACGAAAUCCGUUGGAUCUUCGGUGUCUGGCAUGACUACGCCUAUAUCAAGAGGUCUAUUUGGUGUCGGCAGCAGCAGCGACCACAGCCAAAGCCCUCCAACUAGUCCAAAUCAGAAGCAGCGAAGCCGGUCUUCGUCGGUCUCUCACACACCUCAGUCUCUCUUCGGGUUUACGCCGCUUAUCGAACAGCAGCAGCCUCAGGAGAGCCAGCCGGAGUUCCAUAUUACGGUCGAUAUCAUACGCAAGGAGCACAUCACAGCCGCGCGUUCAUCCAUUCGCAGCAAAGAAAUUCUCCAGGAACUCGAGGAGGAGAUCGAUAGGGACUGCGAAUGGCUUCGAAGCUUCUUGUUUGCCGCAAAAAUAAUAGACGAAAUAUCUCCGCGUUCUAGAGACAAUAUCAUCGGAUUGGGUGAACGGUUGGCAUGCAAGUUCAUGACUGCUGUUUUGCGCGACAGGGGCGUCGAUGCAGAAUACGUCUCGCUGGAAGAUAUUGUACCACCUUGGGAAGGUGAAAAUUCCGAAAAGGCCCUCCCACAAGAUUUUUACGACACCCUCGCUGCUGCGCUGGGAGAACGCCUUAAGUUAUGCGGGAACCGUGUCCCUGUUGUGACAGGCUUCUUCGGGCCGGUGCCAGGCUCUCUCCUGCGCCAGGUUGGUAGAGGAUACACUGACCUGUGCUCCGCCCUGCUCGCGGUUGGUCUGGAGGCAUCAGAGUUACAGAUCUGGAAGGAGGUCGAUGGUAUCUUCACCGCCGACCCUAGGAAGGUGCCCACCGCGCGUCUUAUAUCGGUCAUUUCGCCCGACGAAGCAGCAGAGCUGACAUAUUAUGGAAGCGAGGUCGUGCACCCGUUUACUAUGGAGCAGGCUAUCCGCCGCAAGAUUCCUAUCCGCAUAAAAAACGUCGAAAACCCCCGCGGGGGCGGGACAGUCAUUCACCCAGAUCCGGAUACAGACAUACCCACCGACGCCGCACUCUCCGCGCCCAUACCAGAACCAGCCUCGCUGCACACCUUACAAUCCCUGUCACCUCUGUCGGCUUCGUCGUCGUCUCUGAAUGGUCUGAAUGGACUUCAACAACUCAAUGCUUUGAAUGCCGACUUCACCGCACACAAGAAGCUCCCCACAGCCGUUACGAUCAAAGAGCACAUAGUCGUGCUAAACGUACACUCAAAUAGAAAGAGCGUGAGCCACGGCUUCCUGGCCGGUAUCUUCGGAACACUGGACAGAUUUGGUGUCGUCGUCGACCUGAUCAGCACGAGUGAGGUGCAUGUGAGUAUGGCGAUUGGGGAUGAUCUUCCUGGAAAGCUUCUCGAUAGACUCGUCAAAGACCUCAAGAAAAAUGGCUCUGUAUCUGUGCAUAAGGACAUGACCAUUCUUUCGCUUGUCGGAAAGCAGAUGCGCAACAUGGUCGGUAUUGCGGGGCUCAUGUUCACCACGCUCGCACAGGGAAACGUCAACAUCGAGAUGAUUUCUCAGGGUGCGAGCGAAAUAAACAUCUCGUGCGUCAUCGAGGCGCGGGACGCCAUCAAGGCCCUUAACUUGAUUCACCAAAGUUGCUUGCAAAUCAAGCCAGAGCCGACAAGGGGACGUG